AUGAAUGCUGAGGUAUUUGUGCAGGCAAAUGAGUACCAAGCUCCUGGAUCAGGUAGGGCACGAAGGGAUGCUGCAGCUCGUGCAAUGCAGGGUUGGCAUGUCCAGCGUCUUUUUGGUUACAGUGAGGUUGGUGAGCCAGUCAUCAAGGACAAGAACUUGAAUCAGAUGCCUAAGCGUGAAAAGAAUCUCAAAAGCAUUGGUUCACUUAAACACAAGAGACCAAGUGAAGUGGAGCAUGCUGUUAAAGCUGCAAGAACUGAAACUUCUAAGCAAUUGGUCGCGACAGUUGUUGAUGUUGGCCCUCCUGCUGAUUGGGUGAAAAUCAAUGUGCGCGAAACGAAAGAUUGCUUUGAGGUUUAUGCCCUAGUUCCUGGGCUUCUGCGUGAGGAG